AUGCCGCCGGCGCCAUCCUCUUCGUCCGCCGUGGCGGCGGCGGACCCGCGCGGGGGCAGAGGCUGGCUCUCCGCCCUCCGCCGUGACCCCUCCAAGCGGGCGCGCCGCGCCGACGACGACGGCACGCCGCUCACCGACGAGCUCCUCGUCAUCUUCACUGGCGUCCCCGACCUCGUCCGCUGCGCCGCCACCUGCCGGCGCUGGCGCCGCCUGGUGUCCGCGGAAGCCUCGUUCCUCUGCCGCACACCUCGCCGGCGGCCUGGCAGGUUCAUCGCCCCCCUAGCCCUAGGCUUCUUCAACCACCAGAUGGACGUGCCGCGGUUCGUUCCCACAGCUGAUGCAUCGAGCCGCUUCCCCGGACUCCUCCAGCAGUCCCUGAGCACGCUAGUUGAUGACGGGCUCUUCGACGGCUCUUCGCAGAUAGUGGCCUCCAGGAACGGCCUUCUUGUCAUCGAUCUCCGGGGCCGGAAGCAUGACAGGGCACUCAAGCUUUGCGUCUGCAACCCCAUGGCAGGCGUAGUGCACGUCUUGCCUCACCUCGGAGGCAAGGAUGGCCUUGGGCACUAUGCUUGCACGGUGCUCACCGCAGACGAUCGCGAUGAGAAGACAAUUGACCCGCCCCAGUCCUCGUACUUCCGCUUAGUAUUGGUGUACACCCGACGUGGCUUCACCGCCUCCCGGAGCUACUCAUCCGAAGAAGGCAGCUGGAGCGAAUGGGCAAAGGUGACUAACGCCAGACUAGGAAAGAAGCUGAUGGGUUUGACUCAUAGCGGUGUUGUGGGCCGUGGUGGCAGGCUAGUGUAUUGGCUAUCCAAGAAUGUGGUGUUCGUGCUGUCCCUUGAAACGCUGCAGUCAGCAGUGGUAAGCAUGCCUCGGUCCGGAAAUGGCCAGAAAUUCGAUAUGGCAAACACCUUGUUGGGCUUGUCGCCAAACGGCAUGCUGUGUGCCAUCCAGAUUGGCCACAUGUCCCUUAAGCCAGCUAAUCGGAGAGUAACCAUACGUAUAACCACUUGCACUGACCGUUGUUGGUGGGAUACUGAGGAGUUGAUUCAGGUAGAACAAUCCUUGCCUGCAGAUGUGGGUAAUAUUAGGCUGCAGUGGUUCUGCGAGAAGAGUGGGGCUGUGUUCUUCUCAACCAUCUCUGGGGACAGUGACCACCUGGGGAGUGAGAUGUAUGUUCUGAACAUCAAGACCCGGGUGGUUGAUAAGCUGGUGAGCCAUGACAGGAACAGCAAUCCUUGGGGGUAUGUUCAUGGGUAUGAAAUGGAUCAGACAGCAUACCUGGCAUCCCUUGCCGAGCCAGAGGGCAUGGAGGAUAUGUGACGAUCGCUUUUCUACCUAGUGUGCAAAGAUGUUAGCGAGAGGUCGAGGGAUUGCUUACCAAAACUCCAGGAGGGACUGCAAAAUCUACUCACCAAGUUUAUGUGUAGUAUUGCUUUGGUGUCUGGUUGUUCUCUACCUAGUGUCUGCAAUGUUGGUCAGUAAAAGUGGUGGCUGUCUCUUGUUUGAUGUUGGUGGAGCUAGUGUCAGUUGUUGCCGAUCUGUUAAUUGGUGUUAGUGGUAAUGAGUCGUGUUUGUCGCAUAAUGUGACACUGCCGGUUGUCAAGUCCUUUUCGAUUAUCUGAACAAUGCUUGUAAGCUGGUAACCCAAUGAUUAUAACUGCUAUUAAUUAUGUUGAAUCUAUAUCCCCUGGUGUUUGUUGGAA